AUGACGAGGAGGUGCUCGCAUUGCAGCCACAACGGGCACAAUUCUCGGACAUGCCCGAAUCGUGGGGUCAAGCUUUUCGGGGUCCGAUUGACUGACGGGUCGAUCCGGAAGAGUGCAAGUAUGGGUAACCUGACCCAUUAUAUGGGAGGCGGUGGCGGUGGUGGCGGUAGUGGAAGUGCGACGCCCCAGAACGGGGUCGCUCAUGAAUCGCCGGCUGACACGCCGGACCACCCCUCAGCCGGUUCUGGCGCCGCCGACGGUUAUGCGUCUGAGGAUUUCGUUGCUGGGUCCUCCUCCAGCCGGGAGAGGAAGAAAGGUGUCCCAUGGACGGAAGAAGAACACAGAUUGUUUCUGGUUGGGCUGCAAAAGCUCGGUAAAGGUGACUGGCGUGGCAUUGCAAGGAACUAUGUGAUCUCGAGAACACCUACUCAAGUAGCCAGCCAUGCGCAGAAAUACUUCAUUAGGCAAAGCAAUGUGUCGAGGAGGAAAAGACGGUCGAGCCUUUUUGAUAUUGUGGCCGAUGUGCCCAUUGAUUCUUCUGCCGUGAUAUCCCAAGAACUUUUCCAUGUGUGCUCUCGGAAAGUUGAUGCGCAAAGCAACACGCCUCCCAUGGAGGAAGAAUGCGACGAUUCCAUGGAGUCUUCAGAACCCGACAAUGGCGAGAUCGUAAUUCCCGCGCCGCCAGAGGGCCCCACGUACGCUUACCCCCCUCUCGUCUACCCCGCUUAUGUGGGCCCAGUCUUCCCGAUGAUGCCAGUGCAACUCUGGACGACCGGGCCAGUCAAGGAAGAAGAAGCCCACCAAGUGGUGAAGCCCACGGCCGUGCACACAAAGAGCCCAAUCAAAGUGGAUGAGUUAGUGGGCUUGUCCAAACUGAGCCUAGGCGAGUCUCUAGGUGAUGGUGGGCCCAACACUCUCUCUCUUAAGCUGGUUGAGGGCUCGUCAAAUAGACCGUCUGCUUUCCAUGCUAGUCAUCCGGUGCCGGACGAGUCGGGCAUGAAAUCGAGUCACAGUCCAAUUCAUGCCAUUUAG